AUGUGUGACGUCAUGUGUGACAUCAUGUGUGACGUCAUGUGUGACGUCAUGUGUGACGUCAUGUGUGACAUGUGUGACGUCAUGUGUGACAUCAUGUGUGACGUCAUGUGUGACAUCAUGUGUGACAUCAUGUGUGACAUCAUGUGUGACGUCAUGUGUGACGUCAUGUGUGACAUCAUGUGUGACAUCAUGUGUGACGUCAUGUGUGACAUCAUGUGUAACAUCAUGUGUGACGUCAUGUGUGACAUCAUGUGUGACAUCAUGUGUGACAUCAUGUGUGACAUCAUGUGUGACAUCAUGUGUGACAUCAUGUGUGACAUCAUGCGUGACAUCAUGUGUGACGUCAUGUGUGACAUCAUGCGUGACGUCAUGUGUGACGUCAUGUGUGACAUCAUGCGUGACAUCAUGUGUGACAUCAUGCGUGACGUCAUGUGUGACGUCAUGCGUGACGUCAUGCGUGACAUCAUGCGUGACGUCAUGUGUGACGUCAUGCGUGACGUCAUGCGUGACAUUGCGUGA